GUUAACGCAUUGUCUAAUCUCUCUUAUAGCGUUUUCCCAGUGGAAAACGCUACUAUAGUAUCUCUAGCCAAAAUGAGUGCGUCCUUUUCUAGAUAGGAUUAACCCCAUUCCUACAAUGCGUACUCUAGUACUACUAAGGCACUAUAAAGGGGAGUAUUCCUAUCCGCCAUUUUUGUGCCAAACAGUGCCACUACAGCGAGUGAACAGCAAUGCUGAUUGAAUGUCCGAACAACAAUUCGCCGCAUUUAAUCCAAAAAAAACAAAUCAUAUAAGGACAUAUAAUUCGCAUUUAAAGAAAUGCCUGGCUGUGCCGCAGUUAAUUGUAGUAAUCGGGUUGAUAAGGGCUACAGGCUCUUCUCGUUCCCUAAGGGUAAGAUAAAUGGGUUGACAAUAUGCGACGAGAUAAGUGGACACCGACCAUCUCUUCGCGAUUGUGUGAGGUACAUUUUGAAGAUUCCCAAUUCGAAGCUCACCGCAUUGAUGGCUGGAGAAAACUUAAACCGAAUGCAGUCCCAACGCUUUUCGAUGUGCCCAACCCCCCGCACAGUGGGUCGAAACAUAGCAAAACCUGGACAUAGGAUUCCAAUCGUUGUGCAACUU